AUGGCUGAGUGUCCAUAUCCCAAGGUGAGCAAAAAUCAAAAUGAUAUUGUGCAGGAAGAGGCUAAGACUAAGGAAAGAAGAUUUAAAAAGGAUAAGAGAAAAGCCUUGAUUAGUGAUCCCUUGGAAUCAAGCAUGUCAGAGGAAUCUUCAAGUGAUGAAAGUGAUAACUCUAAGGAUAACAAUGCAUUAUUUUGCAUUAGUAUUUCAAGUGAGUCAACCUGUGAGGACAAGUGCUUAAUGGCGCAUGAUUUGGAACAAGAUGAGGAAGUAUGGUACUUCGAUAGUGGAUGUUCACGGCACAUGACUGGAAACAAAUCUAGUCUUGUUAAUUUCAAAUCCAUCGAAGGACCAAAAGUAGUGUUUGGAGGAAACGAUCGAUAUGGUUCAACAAAAGGAAUCGGAACGAUAGUGCGAAACGGAUUGAAAACAGAAGAUGUAUCCUAUGUGGAAAGUCUAAAAUUCAACUUGUUGAGUACAAGUCAAUUUUGUGACAAAGGAUAUGUUGUGGAAUUCUUCAAAGACAAAUGCCAAGUGAAGAAUGAAUCAACUGGAGAAGUCGUACUUGAAGGAACGAGAAAGAGAAAUAUGUACGUUGUGACUUAA